AUGACGACUCUUGUGCGAAGGAGUGGAAUAGAAAUAAAGCAACUCAUGGGAGUUUCCCUCCUUUUGGGUCUUUUUGGCUCGCUCUGUAUUUCAGGGGUGACAAGCCUACCAACCACCGUGGCCAUGACCUUCCUUUGUUAUCUCUCCGGUAUUGUGCCAGAAAAUGACUACUUUCCGCGGGUAUGGUUUAAAAACAAUAUUUUCACUUGGGUGUAUCGUAUUUAUUGCUCCGAUUCCAUUGGGUACAAGUAUUUGCGACCGAUGCUGCACGUACGUCAUGGUCUUCCCCACUCCGACUAUCGUCAUGGCGUGCGAUCUCUGAGUGGUGGUCACAAGGCAUCGUCGUUAUUUCCUGUAGAAUUGAAGAAAAACCCGGAGUUUUACGAACGCGGCGGUGGAUUGGUUGAUCUGAAGGGUCUCGGUGAAGAGUACAAGAAAGGCUACAGAGGAGUCGCAGUUGUUCCGGUCCCUCUUCUGGCGGACAAUUACGCAUACUUGAUUUUGAGUUUUUCGACGAAAAAGUGUGCUGUGGUCGAUCCAGCUGACCCCAAACUCGUAAUGUACAUGCUGACCGUUGUCCGAUACUUAACCGGGGUAGAAUUCGUACUGACGGACAUUCUUACCACUCACAAACAUUGGGAUCAUGCUGGGGGGAAUCUGGAGUUCAUGCAGCGUUUACAGAACAAGAGUGAUGCAGAGACCACAGAACUCUUGGAUGCUCAGUUGAAGAUUUAUGGUUCCGCAAUUGACAAUCCUCAUGCGUGUACCAACUUUGUAGAGGACGGCAAUGUGCUGACGGUUGCUGGUGGGGGCGUGACGGUUGCUGUUUUUUCUUCUCCCUGGACACACCGUUGGCUCCGUAAAAUUCCUUUUAGGAGAUGCUCUCAUGGAUUCUGA